GGGCAAAGUUAGUGAAGUUGAACAAACCGGCCUGUACCGGACUUCAGUACAAGACUGCAAGAUUUUGAAGACUGCACAGUAGUUUGGCUCUGGUGUUGUGUUUUACACAAGUGGUCAUUUACAGCUUAGUGAUGUUCACUCUGUCUGAGUUGUGGUCAAUUGGUGAGCGUCGGGGCAGUUAUAAGCUGCUGAAGCCGUGGUGGGAAGUCUUCAUGGACCAUCUACUGGUGCUGAUGUUGAUGGUUUCAGUUCUCGCCGGGACGCUGCUGUUGUCGCGGGAUGGAGUUGUGUGUGUCCCAAUACACUCCUCCAGUAACUACAGCACCACCAUGGAGACUAUGUCUGAUUCUGUCUUCACAAGCACACCAGAACCACCCAGGAGCCCUGCAAAAGGUCGACGAACCAACCUGGACUUCCAGCAGUAUGUCUACAUCAGCCAGGUUUGCUAUCACGAGGCAUUGCCUUGGUACUCGCGCUUCCUACCUUACGUGACACUGCUCCAUACUCUGGUGCUGCUGGCCAGUGGAUGCUUUUGGUUCCACUUCCCCCUCACGUCAGCUCGCAUCGAGCACUUCUUGUCUCUUCUUGCCAAAUGUUGUGAAUCACCCUGGACGACUCGGGCACUGUCUCACACGGCCAAGCUGGACACUGCUCACACCCGCUUCCAAGAAGCAGAACAAAUGGUGCAACCCAAAGUAGUGAUCGCAUCUUUCUGCAAAAUGCGCAAGUCAAGCCUGGAUUCUGGAACGGACAGCACCCUGCUGGCGGGAACUGAUAGUGCGUCCACUAUUACUCAACCAUCACCGUGUCCUUCUAUGCUGUCUCACUGCUCAACGAUGUCUGCUCUGUCUCUUACGGAAGCAAACCUGCCACCUCAGACCACGCAAAUUGCUCCGGAUGGCUCUAGACCAGGAGUCACAUUGGAUCGGAGCGACAGGGAACAAGCAAGAGCGCUGUUUGAGAGAGUGCGCCGGUUUCGUGCUCACUGCGAGAGCUCAGAUAUUAUAUAUAAGGUGUACACCGCACAAACGGUGUUUAAAGUGCUGAAGUUCAUUCUGAUUGUGAGCUACACGACUCCACUACUGGGCUCCAUCUCUUUCAGUCAUGUUUGUCUGCCUCAAACUUACGCUCUGACCGGCUACAGCACUUUCCAGUGCAGUCACACGCUUUCGUCCGUCCUGUGCAAGCUAAUGCAGGCCUACAUCUCCCUGCUCUUCAUGUUCGGUCUGCUGGGCAUCUACGCUCUCUUCUGGAUCUUCCACAAGUCUUUGAGACAGUAUUCUUUUAAGAGUCUGCGUGAGAAAGGAUCCAUGCUGGACGCACCUGAUCUACAUAACGACCUAGCGUUCCUCUUACACAUGGCUGAUCAGUACGACCCUCUACUGUCCCAGCGCCUGUCUGUCUUCCUGUCGCCGGUCAGUGAGACUCGACUGCUGGAGGAAAGUGUGGAGCGUCGCUGGGGAGCUGAACGCUUGUGGUCAAUGAUCACGUCUGACCAUCAGGGGCGGACUCUGCUCCAGCUUGUGGCUCUUCCUCAUCUUCCACCAGCUCUGUUCACCCUCAGUCAGCUGGAGGUGAUGAAGCUGGAGCUCAUCGGAGAUGCUAAACUCACAUCGCAAAUAUCCAACAUGACUGCGCUCAGAGAGAUGCACCUGUACCACUGUUCUGCAGCGGUGGAGCCUGGAGCCCUGCAACACCUUCAGGAACACCUGGAGGCUCUGCAUCUCACCUUCACCCAAGUCACAGAGAUUCCUGUCUGGGUCUACUCCCUCAGGGGCCUGCAAGAGCUGCACCUGACCGGGAGGCUGUGCAAUGAGGGUGGAAUGGGGCGCGGCUGGACCCUCGGGAGCCUUCGGCAUCUGCGACACCUUCGAGUCCUGGUGCUGCGUGGCAUGUUGCAGAAAGUGCCAGGAGAGCUGAGUGAGGUAGCAGGCAGCCUGCUAAGACUGGAGAUACAUAAUGAGGGAACAAGGCUAAUGGUACUUACCGGACUAAGGCGUUUGACUGGAUUAGCAGAGCUGCAGCUGCAAGGAUGCCAGUUGGAACGGUUGCCAUCAGCUCUGUUGGCGCUAACAGGUCUUCGCAUCUUGGACCUGCAACACAACAGUCUGCGUACUCUAGAAGAACUGCUAGGACUGCAACAUCUGCGUCGUCUGUCUUGUCUACGACUUGCAUAUAAUCGUGUGUUAGCUUUACCGGCGAGUGUAGGAGUAUUACGCUCUUUAGAGCUCUUAGACUUAGCACACAAUCAGCUGCAGAAUCUUCCGUCAGCUCUCUUCACACUACAUAGAUUACGACGCCUCCUUCUGGCGGGUAAUCUCCUGGAAGACUUGCCAGCAGAGGUUGGAGCUCUUACACUCCUCAGUGAAUUAGACCUCAGCGGGAACAGGCUCGAACAUCUACCCAAGGAGCUGUUUGGAAGUUGUGUAGAACUCCGCAACUUGAAUGUGGCGAAUAACUCACUGGGCUUUUUGCCGCCUGGUCUGGGCGGUCUGCGUCAGCUUUCUCAUCUAGAUGUCCGUGGAAACAGUCUGGAGGAGUUGCCAGUUGAGCUGGGGUGCUGUGCUGGGCUUCGUGGUAGCGGCUUGCUGGCGGAAAAUUGGCUGCUGCAUACUUUACCUCGACAGGUAAGGGAAUUCCUUCAGCAGCCCAGCUCGUGUGCCUCCUCUGAAUCUCCAUCACGCCCGAAUUCUGACUGCUUUCCUACAUUUUCCACCAACCAGUGGAGCUUCCAUUCUGCGCUGGAGUCUCAGAUAUAAACCCUCUCCUUCAAACUCGCCUUAAAGACUGCUCUGUGGAAAGGCUUUGCUCAUAAACAGUGUUUAACUUAUAUUACUAAAACAAGGCUGUGGCGUUACCUUGAAGACUUUAAGUGUAACAUAACAUAAAUUAACAGAUUGAUAUGAUGACU